AUGCCGAUGCUGAAGUAUUACGACACGCUGACCCUGAACUACGGGACGCUGAGCUUCAACAACAACAUCCUCACGAAGACAGAGGGCCAGCACAGGCAAGACCACACCAUGCGGCCCAUGAGUUGCCACCAGUGGAACAAUUGCACGCUGAACGUGACUUGCCACUUGGACUACUACCCCCACACCCACACUGCGAAGGACUACUGGACGCUGAGCAUCAAUCCCAACAUCAUCACGAACAUACAGGGCCAGCACAUGCAGGAUUACGACACGCGGACCCUGAACGACUGGACGCUGAACGUCAAGGUCAACAUCUUCACGAACACAGAGGGCCAGUACGUGCGGGACUGGACGCUGAACUACUUCUCCAUGAACACAGAGGGCCAGCACAUGAAGGAAUACGACACGCUGACCCCGAACUACUGGACGCUGGACCACUACCUACACACCCAGCUCGCGAAGGACUACUGGACGCUGAGCGUCAAUUCCAACUUUUUCACGGACAUUGAGGGCCAGCACAUGCAGGAGUACGACACGCUGACCCUGGACGAAUGGACGAUGAACUUCAAUUUCAACGUCUUCACGAACACAGAGGGCCAGUACGUGCAGGACUACACCACGCUGCACCUGAACCGCCACCAGUGGAACAACUGCACGCUGGACUUGAAUUGCCACCUGGACUUAAAGGUCGACAUGAACGUGACCCUGGUGACGAGCGCCCUGAUCAUCAAUUUCCAGGCAGGAAUGGGACAUGACACUGCAGAUUAUCAAUACGCGGACCCGCUCGCUGAGCGAGUCUAUCACCCCAGUCGACGGAAGCUCGAGAUCGAUCACGACGUCAGCUCCACCAUCAUCCAGACUUUCGACAUCGGCAAAAAAGGAAAAAGCCCCACUGGCAAUGUGAUUCAGGACAUUCAUGCAUGCGUACGUUUAUCUCACUGUUUCGACCAUUUAUGGCGAUUGUAUCUGAGGAUAGGACUCAUACAGAAUGGAACUCAACACGCACAGAACAUCGGUAAGCAGGACACCCUGGCCUCACUGGGCAUUCACGGGGCUACGAAGAAGGCCGAACGGAACAUCAAGAUCAUGCAGUUAGACAUUUACGACGAGCAUGGCAAGCAGGUAGAUGCCAUCACGCAGGAGCACGAAAGCUACAAGCACAUUAUGGACUCCCUCAGGAAGAGCGGCCCCCCAGAGGACAAGAAAUGCCUGCAGGGGAUAGGGUCGCCAGCUCCGUCCCGCGCGCUGACGGCCCUAGAAGGACUGUACAAGUGCGACGUGGGCGGCUCCAUGAAGGGUACCAUCGAGGACAUCGAGGCGGAGACGGAGAUCAGCAAGGAAGAUAUCCUCGACGCCAUCAACUUCGUGCGCCUGGAAAAGUGCUACGACCACGACAAGACGAAGCUGGUGAUCGGCGCGCUAGGCGCGCCCAUGUGGGAGGGCCAAAUCCUGAUCAGCCGCGCCCUCGAGGCCGAGGGCCAGGCGGUCCACCACCGAGACGUGGGCCCAGUGGGCUGGCUCGAG